GCCGUGGCGGGUGAGCAAGAUGGCGGCGGUUGUGGUGUGUGGAUCGUAAGGCCGUGGUUAGGCCGCUCCUGGGCACCAUGGAGACGGCACCGUGCAGUGGAACAGGCCGCUUCCACAUCGUCCUGUACAUCUUCAUCAUCGAUGUGCUCGGUAAUGUGUUGAUUCCGGCUCAAAAUUUGACCUUGAGUUCAAAGAAUUUCAGUCUGUUUUUGACCUGGAUGCCCCCUGAAGAACAUCCUCCUCAAGCCACAUACAUCGUGGAAAUAAUGCCCAAGAACGUUUGGAUUGAACCAGCCAACUGUAUGUUUCCAUCUGAAAAAAUCUGUGAUGUUACGUGUGCAAUUAAAAAUUGCUACUCUGAGUUUAAAGCCAGAGUGAGAAGCCUUUUACCUGAAAUUCCAGUUGUUUCAACUUAUGGAUUUAUUCCCCUCUAUGAUGUGGAACUAGGUCCACCUGAAAUGGAAAUAGUUUUUGAAGAAGAAUCUUUAAUGGUGCAUCUCCAAAUUAAGUUAAUACAAUGCAAAAAAGAAGUACUGGAUGCAUGUCUACUAAAACAGCUGAUCUAUGAAGUGGUAAUCUGGGAUGUGAAUGAACCUGUCGGGACAUUAAUCAAACGAAGUGAACUUGACAACCCAGUGCAAAUUGCCAAAAGCGAAUUGCAUGGUUAUAGGAAUUGCAUAUCUGCCAAGUCCAUUUACCAGAGUUUAAAGAAAUCUAGCAAUUUAUCCAAGCCGGUUUGUUUCAGUUUGGAGGCAAAAGAACACCAAACUGAGAAGUUUCUUGGGAUAAUAGGACCUGUGCUGGGAACAUUCUUUCUAAUUUUAGUGACUGUACUGAUUGUGAAAAGCGUAAUCUGCAUUCCUUCAAACAUGAAAAUACCAUCAGCCUUGGAUUUCACGUGGCCCAGAACUUUUACACAAAAGAUGGCAGUUGCUCAACCAGAUUUAUGUGAGCUGUCGAUCAUUACUUGCUUUGAAAAAAGUGAGCCAGAAAUAUGUGAACAAAAUAUUGUUCUUGAAAGUAAUCUUUUGAAAGAAGCCAAUUUUUUGCAUAAUAGUGAUGACUCAGACGAGAGCGAUGGGGAAACUGAAUGUUGUAAUUACACAGACAGACGAUGGAUUCCUGAUGGAGUAAUGUUUGACAAAGCUGAAACACCUGAUGAUACUGAGCACCAAGAAGGCUAUCGGAAAGCAAAUUUCUUCACUGUUUCUGCUAUUGGUGCUGUUGACUUACAAAACCAGGAAUCAGAUCACACUGAUCACAGACUACAAUGUGCCCCACAGACUACAUCUCACAUUCUUGUUUCUAACCCAGUUAGUUUCUCUUCUGAUGUACUUGAUAGCAAACAUUUCAGAAAUGCUAUUGAUUCUGGUGUGCUGGAUCGUGAUGAACAAAGGAGCAAUGGUGAUGUCCCAUUGAUGUCUGUCCAGAUACUGUGUUGUGAUGAUGAUGAUGAGGAGACUGUUGGUGAUAAUGAGGAUUGUGGUCCUUUGUCUGAUACUGAGCCACUUCUUGAUUGUGGUUUGAACUUUCAAGCAUGUGACUUCACCUAUCGUCUUCCUGCACUGCUGCCUGGAGGGCGGUAAUGGGAAAUCGAGAAAAAAAGCACUCAUUUGGGUUUUGUGUAAAUCUGAAGUGUUUGAUCAAUAUACUGCACAAACACUUUGCAUAAUCUUAAUAUUGUUUUCUAAUUGGAAUGAAUAUUUUUAACAGGACAUUGAAUCUAUUUCAAAGGUAUUCACAAGGUUGUUAUAACCUUAAAUGUUCAGUAUUUUAAAACAUUUGACAUUUCCAAUAUACUUGACGAUAAAUAUAUACAUUUAUACAGCUUUUUACAUAUUUUUGACAAUUGAAGUAUUCUUAUUCGAGUGUUGACUGGCUUCCAUCAAUGAGAAGGCAUUCCCCAAAGGUUUUAUCUGAGUUGUUCGAAGUUCGGAGAUGCUGCUGUGUUGAUGUAUCUUCCUGUAUAAUUAGUUAACAUUUUACAAGUUUUGAACUAAGGUCAAGGAUCAGUUUGAACAGUGAGCAUUUAAAGCUGCUUGAGAUGGGACAAGGAUGGAUUAUGAUUAGAUUCAAUUAGAUUACUUACAGUGUGGAAACAGGCCCAACAAGUCCACACUGACCCUCCGAACAGCAACCCAGACCCAUUCCCCUACAUUUACCCUAUUUUAUCUGAAUUAAACUCCAUCUGCCACUUCCCAGCCCAUUGUCCCAUCUGAUCAAGAUCCCGUUAUAACCUUCUUCACUGUCCACUACACUUCCAAUCUUAAUGUCAUCUGCAAACUUAUUAACUAUACCUCUUACGUUCACAUCCAAAUAAUUUAUUUAAACAACGAAAAGUAGUGGACCCAGCAUGAUCCUUUUGGCACUCCACUGGUCACAAGCCUCCAGUCUGAAAGACAACCCUCCACCACGAACACCUUUCUGAAGUCCAUAUAGAUCACAUCUACCACUCUGCCCUCAUCAAUCCUCUUUGUUACUUCUUUAAAAAAUUCAAUCAAGUUUGUGAGACAUGAUUUCCCACACACAAAGCCAUGUUGACUAUCCCUAAAUCAGUCCUUGCCUUUCCAAAUACAUGUACAUCCUGUCCCUCAGGAUUCCCUCCAACAACUUGCCCACCACCGAUGUUAGGCUCAUUGAUCUAUAGUUCCCUGGUUUGUCCUUGCCACCUUUCUUAAACAGUGGCACCAUGUUCGCCAACCUCCAGUCUUCCAGCACCUCAUCUGUGACUAUCGAUGGUACAAAUAUCUCAACAAGAGGCCCAGCAAUCAUUUCUAUAGCUUCCCACAAGUCCUGGGGAGUUAUCCACUGUUAUGUGUUUUAAGACAUCCAGCACUUCCUCCUCUGUAAUAUGGACCUUUUUUCAAGAAGUCACCAUCUAUUUCCUUUCAUUCGAUAUCUUCCAUAUCCUUUUCCACAGUAAACACUGAUGCAAAAUGCAUAGUAUCUCCCCCAUCUCCUGCGGCUCCACACAAAGGCCGCCUUGCUGAUCUUUGAGGGGCCCUAUUUUCUCCUGAGUUACCCUUUUGUCCUUAAUGUAUUUGGAUUCUCUCUAACUCUAUCUGCCAAAGCUAUCUCAUGUCCCCUUUUUGCCCUCCUGAUUUCUCUCUUAACUGUACUCCUACUGCCUUUAUACUCUUAUUAGGAUUCACUCGAUCUGUCUCUAUCUGAUAUAUGCUUCGUUCUGCUUCUUAACCAACCCUCAAUUUUUACUGUAUCUUCAAUAUUUUUGUGAGUUUGUAAGAUUUUCAUUUAAACCUAACCAUGAACAUUGCAGCAGUGGUACCUUUGCAGUUGGGUGGAUGCAUCUAACACCCAUCGAAAGAUGAUACCAGAUCAUCAGUUAAGCAAACUGUACUUAAAACAUUUACAACCAUGGUGCUAAGCUGCUUUGAACCAAGCCAGUAUUAUAUCCUUUUUAGUUCUUUCUAGCUAGUGUAGCUAUAGUUUGUGGAAUCUUGUGAAAACAAAAGUGAGUGAAGCACUCUAAAUCUGAAGAUAGUAAAGCGCAUCAACUCUGGUCAACAGAAAUGGACAUUUUUGUGUGGAACUAUUUGCAUUUGUACUCUCCAGAGACCGAGGACGGUGAGGAGCUCCACCUCAACCAGCUGCUAACCAUCUCAGUGGUUUGGGUUGCAGACAAAAAUAGUGGGUGAGUGAAUUUACCUGGACCAUCUCUGAUACCUCCCUCCCUUUCCUGGACCUCUCCAUCUCCAUUAAUGACAAUCGACUUGACACCGACAUUUUUUACAAACCCACCGAUUUCCACAGCUACCUGGAUUACACCUCUUCCCACCCUAACUCCUGCAAAAAUGUCAUCCCCUAUUCCCAAUUCCUCCGCCUCUGCCGUAUCUACUCCCAGGAGGACCAGUUCCACCACAGAACACACAAGAUGGCCUCCUUCUUCAGAGACCACAAUUUCCCUUCUCACACGGUUAAAGAUGCCCUCCAACACAUCUUGUCCACAUCCCGCACUUCUGCCCUCAGACCCCACUCCUCCAACUGUAACAAGGACAGAACGCCCCUGGUGCUCACCUUCCAUCCUAUCAACCUUCGCAUAAACCAAAUCAUCUGCUGACAUUUCCGCCACCUCCAAACGGACCCCACCACCUGGGAUAUAUUUCCCUCCCCACCCCUUUCUGGCUUCCGCAAAGACCGUUCCAUCCAUGACCACCUGGUCAGGUCCAUGCCACCCUGCAACCCCCCUCCCGUCCUGAUACCUUCCCCUGCCACUACAGGAAUUGCAAAACCUGCACCCACACCUCCUCCCUCACCUCCAUCCAAGGCCCCACAGAAGCCUUCCACAUCCAUCAAAGCUUACCUGCUCAUCCACCAAUAUCAUUUAUUGUAUCCGUUGCUCCCGAUGCGGUCUCCUCUACAUUGGGGAGACUGGAAGCCUCCUAGCAGGGCACUUUAGGGAACAUCUCCGGGACACCCACACCAAUCAACCCCACUGCCCUGUGUCCCAACAUUUCAACUCCCCCUCCCACUCAGCCGAGGACAUGGAGGUCCUGGGCCGCCUCCACCGCCGCUCCCUCACCACCCGACGCCUGGAGGAAGAACGCCUCAUCUUCCACCUCGGAACACUUCAACCCUAGAGCAUAAAUGUGGACUUCACCAGUUUCCUCAUUUUCCCCUUCCCCCACCUCACCCUAACUCCAAACUUCCAGCUGAGCACUGUCCCCAUGACUUGUCUUACCUGCCUAUCUUCCUUUCCACCUAUCCACUCCACCCUCCUCCCUGACCUAUCACCUUCAUCCCCUCCCCCACUCACCUAUUGUACUCUAUGCUACUUUCUCCCCACCCCCACCCCCCUCUCAUUUAUCUCUCCACCCUUCAGGCUCUCUGCCUGUAUUCCUGAUGAAGGGCUUUUGCCCAAAACAUUGGUUUUACUGCUCCUCAGAUGCUGCCUGAACUGCUGUGCUUUUCCAGCACCACUCUAAUCUAAACAAAUAGAAAAUAAAUGCAUGAUUUUCCUCAUCAUCUUUUGAUUGAAUGCUUCUUUGAAUAUAUACACUCGUUCAUUCAAUUAACAUCAUAAAUUAGUAUGUUACUUAAAAAUAAAAUGCAUUUUUAAAAAACAUUUUACUCCUUUACAUAUCCUUUCCCCCCUCUCACCUGAAACCUAUGCACUCAAGUAUUUGACCUUUCCACCCUGGGGAAAAGAGUUCUGACUAUCCAUGCCCCUCAUAAUUUCAUAUACUUCUGUACGGUUGCCACUCAGUCUCUGAAGUUGGUGAAAAAUUCCAAAUCUGUCCAAAAUCUCUUUGUAGCUAAUACAUUCCAAUCCAGGCAAUAUCCCGUGGAUCUCUUUUGCACUCCAAAGGCUCAACAUUACCAUCAUCUGGGGACCAGAACUACGCACAAUACUCCAAAUGUGGCCUAACUAAAAUCUUAUACAUUUGCAACAUGAUUGCCAACUUUUAUACUCCACGCUUUGACUGAUGAAGGUAAACAUGCUGUACACUGCAUUUACCACAUUAUCUACUUGUGAUGCUACUUUCAGGGAGCUAUGGACUUGGACCCCAAGAUCCCUCUGUAUAUCAAUGUUCCUAAGGCUUCUGCCAUUUACAGUAUACUUUCCUCUUGCAUUUAACCUCCCAAAGUGCAACAGCUAUACUUUUCUGGGUGAAACUUCAUCUGUUAUUCCUCUAUCAAGCUUUCCAACUGAUCUGUAUCUUGCUGUAUCAUCACUAUCCACUACUCCACCAGUUUUUAUGUCGUCUGCAAACUUAUUAAUCUUGCCACUAUGCAUACUACAAACAACAGAAAUCUAAGCACUGAUAUUUAUGGAACACCACUAGUCAUAGACUACCAGUCAGGAAAACCACCUCCACAACCAUCUGUGUUUUUUGUUAUAACCAGUCAAUUUUGUAUCCAACUUGGCCACUCUGGAUCCUAUGUGACUUAAUCUUCUGAAUCAAUCACUUUACUGAAGUCCAUGUGGACAACAUCCUGCAGCAUUACCCUCAACAAUCAUCUUUGAUUCCUCAAAAAAAACCCAAUCAAGUUUGGGAAACGAGACCUUCCCUACUUAAUGCCCCUAAUAAGUUUAUUUUUCUCCAAACGCAAGUAAGUCUUGUCCCUGAGAAUUGUCUCCAAUAAUUUCCUUGCCACUGAUGUAAGGCUCACUGACCUAUAAUUUCCUGCAUUAUUCCUGUUGCCCUGCUUAAACAAAGGAACAGUAUUGGCUAUUCUCCAGUCUUCUGGGACCUUGCCUGUGGCUAAACAGGAUACAAAAAUCCCUGUCAAGGCCUCAGCAAUCUCUUCCCUUACCACCUUCAGUAUCCUGGGAUAGAUGCCAUGAGGUGACUGGAGAGUCAUUUACCUUAAUAUCCAUCAAAAUAUCCAAUAACACCUUCCUAAUGUCAAUAUACCCCCUAAAUAUCAAUAUACCCCUCCCUCAUCUUACCAUCCACCAUAUCUUCCUUGGUGAAUCCUGAUGCAAAGUACUCAUUAAGGACCUCACCCACUUUCUCUGGCUCUGUGCAAAUUUGCUCUUUUGUCCUGAAGAGUACCUACCCAUUCCUCCUUACCUUCUUCCUCCUAAGAUAUGUAUAAGAUGUCUUAGGAUUCUCCUUAAUCCUACUUGCCGAGGACUUUUCGUGGCCCCUUUUGGUCCUGCUAAUACCUUGUUUUGGUUUUUUUGCUUCCUUUAUACUGCUCAAGGGCCUUGUUUGAUUUCCGUUCCCUAAAUCUUAAUAUGCUGCUUUUAAUCUUUGCAACUAAACAUUAAAUGUGUCAUUCAAGUUUCCCACAUCUUGCCAUUCUUCUCUUUCAUCCUCACCUGGACAUGCUGAUGCUGAACUCUGAUCAACUGGCCUUUAAAAGCCUCCCAUAUGUCCAAUGUGGAUUUAUCCUCAACAGCUAGGAUUACAGUGAAAGCUGAAAAAGUGUCGAAGAAAAUGAUCUAAUUAAUCCAAUCAAAAGGUGCAGAAGGGGAAAAUUGUAGUUUUCCAUGUCUUCCUACCCCACUAUCUUUGAAACAAAUUUGAUGUUAGCAUAUUUGAGUGUAAAUACACUCCACAGUAAUUUCUGUUACUCUUAAUGGUAUUUUGUUUUUGCUACUAUGUUCUUAUGUCACCAGACAGAGUGGCUUAGCUACAUAUUAUUGACAAAUGUGAGCCAUGUUUAAUGAUCUAUCUUUCAUUUGUUCUCAAUGCGACGAGAGUUAAGUACU